AUGUCUCUUUUUCUCUGCUUACAUUAUGACAGGAUACACAGGGAUGAUAUUAAGCACACUCUUCCCUCUUCUAUGCUAUGUCUCUUUUUCUCUGCUUACAUUAUGACAGGAUACAGGGAUGAUAUUAAGCACACUCUUCCCCUCUUUCCUCUCUUUUAUCUGCUUACAUUGUCUCUUUUUCUGGAUGAUAUUGAUACAGGGAUGAUAUUAAGCACACUCUUCCCUCUUCUAUCUAAUGUCUCUUUUUCUCUCUUCAUUAUGACAGGAUACAGGGAUGUCUCUCUUUUCUAUCUAUGUCUCUUUUUCUCUGCUUACAUUAUGACAGGAUACAGGGAUGAUAUUAAGCACACUCUUCCUCUUCUAUGCUAUGUCUCUUUUCUCUCUUACAUUAUGACAGGAUACAGGGAUGAUAUUGCACACUCUUCCCUCUUCUAUGCUAUGUCUCUUUUUCUCUGCUUACAUUAUGACAGGAUACAGGGAUGA